AUGGCUAUCAACCAAAACACAACCGAGUCGUCGUUCCGUAGCUCCGGGAAUGGUGGCAGUGAUUCAGCGUCGGCCUUGCGUAUGCUACUCGAGCAGUUGCUGCUGCAGAGUGUCAACAAUGGUGAUGCAAACUGUUUUACCGAUGCGGAAUAUCAGAAAAUAUGCGAAUGCAUCGUCGUACUGCUGGUGGCGGAUCAGAUCGAUGCCACUACCAAACACGAAAUACGGAGCCUGCGAUCGCUGGCCGACAUCAUUACGAAACAGUUCCAACAGCUGGUUGAACGGAAAGCUUUCCGCGAGCUGGUGAAGGAUUGUCUUGAAAAGAUGUACACCGUCGAUGCGCUGUCCGUAAAGAAACUUCCCUCGCCGUUCGCUACAAUCAUGCUGGCACUCAUGGACCCUAAGCAAGGUGUUGCGUGGAUUCUGUCGAAAAACAUGAUCGACGAACAUAUCAGAAAAAUUCUCAACGUUUUCAUCGACUGGCUGUGUAAGAUAAAUUUUGCGCCAAACUUAAACGUUUGGAUCAUACAAAUGGUCGAAGGUUUAAUGGCAAAGGGCAGAACAAAUUGCAUUUUGAACGUUCGGAAGGAUAAAUUGAAACAAUGCAAGGAAGUAAUGCUGCUCCCGCACUACCAACAGCAAGUUGGCCCAGUGAUUAGUUGUUUGGAGUCGUGUGGAGAUUUGCAAUCGGACAACGUUCGUUUAAACUAUGCAUGUAACGAACGGUACGAGAAUACUUCUGACGUGGACAAUAGUUUGAUUCGUUCCAAUGCCCGCGUCGGUUUGGUCAAUCUGGGCAAUACAUGCUACAUGAACAGCGUGGUACAAGCGUUGGCAAUGACUAAACAGUUUUGUACGGAAGUUUUACUGAAGCAGAUCGAUGCGCCGCCAUUCUCAGAAAUUCAACAGCUCCUCGCACUGUUGAUCCAUUCACGGCGACCCGAACUAACGCCACGUGCCGUACUGGCAUCAACAAGACCGCCUGGUUUCGCACCCGGUUACCAGCAGGAUUCAUCCGAGUUUCUUAGCUAUCUACUCGAUCGUUUGCACGAGCAGGAGAAAAAGCUGCUGCAUGGAAAUCAGCCACAUAACGCACCUUCACUACCACCUGCUCCAAACAGUGGUGGCGGCGGUGGGGGCAGCACUGGCAGCGAAGGUGGCAAAACACUAGUGCAGAAAACGUUCGAGGGUCUACUUUCGGUUGGGUGUUUGUGUGCAGUUUGUAACAGUGCAAACCACACGACCGAGACGUUCCGGUCGCUCGAUCUUUCCUUCCCGGACGAUAGUGAUCUUUCGGCAUCAGGCGAUGGUACACAUUCGGUCCAGAAGCUGCUCGAUUAUUUUUGCUCGUCCGAGAAACUGGUCGGCGAGAAUCAAUACUUCUGUGAUCGGUGUCAGCAGUUGCGCGAUUGUGAGCGUUCCGUGACGGUUACGGUACCACCCCAGAACCUCAUCCUGACCAUCAAACACUUCCGGUAUGACCAGAUCCGAAACUUGCGCGCGAAGCUAAUGAACAAGAUAUUACACAACGAGGACAUUUCGCUUACCGUGACGGAUGCGGAUGGCCACUGCCGUCAGUUGCACUAUCGCAACUAUGCGGUAGUAGUACAUUACGGUACAAGCAUGGACUCGGGACACUACUACACCUACGCACAAGAUGGUACGGGAUCGUGGUUUAAGUUUAACGACAACUACGUUACGGAAUGCUCAACCAGUGAACUGCAGAACAUACCGAGCCCUAACACACCGUACAUACUUUUCUACCAACUGGUCACAAAUAAUGCUUCGGAAGCAACGGAAGCAGCCGCAAGCAGCCAGGGUCAAACGAUCGGUUCCUCGUACGGUGACAUCGGUGGUGGCAUGCACGAAAACUUUCCCGCCUUGAACGAACUGCCUACCCGGCUGCAAGAGUUUGUACGUGACGACAAUCUUCUGUAUCACCGGGAGGUUCAGGAACAGCGAGACAAGAAAGCCUCCAAAUUACCACUGCUUUCGCUCGGUGGAAGUGGAGGCAAUCGGCGCCAGUCGGACGAUUACGACGAUCCACCGCCAAGCUCGUGCGGUAGUAAAUGGUUGCAGUCGUCAAAUAAUUUUAUCUUUUAA